AAUGUUGGAAGUUGUCGAGUUGCCUCUGGCUUACAACCCGAGCACUUGUUUUCACCAUUUUUUUCCCAAAGUGCCAAUGAACUGUUGAUUGUAGCUCUUCAAUGCUUCUGAUUGGGUGACAUCAGAUUAACUAUAGAGUGGACUUGGAAUAUUAAAAUCCCUGUUGUUUACAACUGGGAGAAUUAAUUAGCGAUUAAUUCCGGAGAGCGCACGGGGCUGAUUGUGAAGUUUCAGACUUGCGCAAGAUUGGACGUAAACAACUAUCGUGGCCCGUCGGUUCGCAUUUCAGUAACGGAAACAAUACUGUUGUGAAAUUGUGUUCUGCUAAGUAAUUUGGAUGUUGGAUGUAUGGAAAUGUUUAGCGGAAAAUUCCCAAGUUUAACCAGGGCUGGAUAAUUAGCGGAAAAUCCAAGUCAAUCGCAGGAAAAUUGACCAAUCAGACCAACCAGACGCCGGCAAAACAAAACCAUGUGAUUUUGGCACAUCCCAUUAUCUGGAGGGGACAAUUGUGACACUUGACAGAGACCCAUUUAUUGAUGUAUAUAGAGUGUUCAUACCAAUUUGCCCCUUAUGUGCUAUCAACAAGAGGUUCAAAGUGGGAUUAAAGGAGUUGAAGUUGCAUGUGCAUUUGUUUACGAGUGAGCUCUCACGUAUGCAAAGUCGGCUCGAGUAACAAAUGAACUCAAAAGACAGUGUUUACAUUCCGAAUAAUCUACAGUUUGCAGUUGGAAAAGCACUGUUUGAUUUAGUGUUCGCAAGGGACUAUGUAGAACAGUUUAUCUCAACAUUGGGAAAUCACUGGGACUUGUGGUAAUUUUAGUGAAAAUUAUAACCUGGAAACAAACUUCUGGAUGACAUGAAUCAGAAAGACACGGUUAUCCAUCUAGUUGCUGGAGGAGCUGCCGGCACAGUGGGUGCAAUUGUUACCUGUCCACUUGAGGUGGUAAAAACAAGGCAACAAUCCUCCCGUGGAAAUAUGAUGUCUUCUUCGCCUGGCAGUGAGGCUCCUCCACAGUCUAGGAACUUAAAAAUGUCACCUUCUGUUAAUGGUAAGCGUAGUUUAUGGACAUCUACACGCUAUGGGCGGCCUCAAGUUGUGGCUCUUUCAGGUUUCACCGCACCGCCGCCCUUAAGAAUUGGAAACGACAUGGGCAUUAUCCAGUGUAUCCGACACAUUAUUAGGCAGGAAGGGACAAUAGCUUUAUUCAAAGGUUUGGGUCCUAAUUUGAUCGGUGUGGCUCCUUCGAGGGCCGUUUACUUCUCAACUUAUUCGCAGGCCAAACGAUUUUGGAACAACCUGUUGCCUCCUGAUUCGCCAGUAGUGCACGUUUGUUCAGCUUCCUGUGCUGGCUUUAUGGCGAGCACUCUGACGAAUCCCAUUUGGUUUGUUAAAACCAGGCUCCAGCUGGAUGUUAAUAAGGAAAAUCCCAUGACUGCUAUCCAGUGUGUUCGACAUAUUUAUGCCAAAUCGGGCAUGUUAGGGUUCUACAAAGGUAUAUCAGCCUCGUACAUGGGCAUUUCCGAGACAAUCAUUCAUUUUGUGAUAUACGAGGCCAUCAAGGCGCAACUAAUCGCUUACCAUCAGCACGACAGUGAUGAGCGCAGCUCAAAAGACUUUUUGGAGUUUAUGGUGGCUGGAGCCAUUUCCAAAACUGUAGCCUCAUGUAUUGCUUAUCCGCAUGAAGUGGCCAGAACGCGACUCCGCGAGGAAGGAAACCGCUACACUGGAUUCUGGCAAACCUUGCAACUAGUGUUUAAGGAAGAAGGCAUUAAGGGCUGUUACAGAGGUCUGAAGACGCAACUAGUUAGACAAAUUCCCAAUACUGCCAUUAUGAUGUCGACUUAUGAGGCUGUGGUCUAUAUUUUAACCACCCGAUUCAAUACGGAGUUUUACCAGAAAGAGGGACAUUGAACAGUUUCAAUGGCUGUUCAGGAAAUAUCGUUUCUUGCAUCAGACACUCGUAGUUUUUCGGUGAUUUUCGGUUCGGAAUAGUUAACUAGGUUUUGAUGGUUGAGCCCGAAAAAUCAUUAUCUCAAAUAGACAUUAAUUCGUGCGACUUGUUUAUUAUUUGAUACUUAAAAACCGGCUAAUGUAGAUACUUGAUACAUGCUCAAUAUUUGUCUCUGUAAUUUGAUUAUUCUUCUAUAAUUCUGUCAUCUUCGGGUUUUUAUUAAAGUAGUCUUUAAAAUAUGGAACAAUCAUAGAUAUUCCAGAUUAAGACAAAAAUAUCCGAAAACCCCCCAGUUCACCCAAAGCGUUGCUGCCUUUAAUGUAAUUCGUUCUUUUUUUCUUACGGUGUUUUGAUUGAUUUUUUAGUGAGUUUCAGGACUGUUUGUAAAAAACAUUGCUUUACAAAGAAAUUUUUUUUCUUUUUAAUCUUAUAUUAUACUAUGUUUUUUUUCUGAAAACUGCUGCCGAAUGGAUCUAGAUUUUAACGAAAUAUUAAGGUUUAUAAAUAUUGUACAUUUGUUGUAUAGAUGGUCGGUUAUAAGAAAAAUUUGUUAAUUCAGUUUAUAAACAUGUACAUAAUAUUGAGUAGGUACUGGAAAUAUAGUUCUGGUUCAAUAAA